CAACCAGUAGUGCCAUCACGUCUCCUACUUCACCAGCGAGAUGGAAGCUGAGUUGACCGGACUCACAUAUCCACGACUCAACUUAAGAGACUACACACUGGACGACAACAAUCUGGCUAUCGGCUGUCCGCUCGACAACGGCCAUCAUAUCCGCGAUACGCCUCAACAAAACCUCGGUGUAUUAGAUGCUUUGCCUCUCGAGCUCCUCCAUAUGAUGGUUUCUCAGCUUGAUUUACGCACUCUAACGGACUUUCGCCGCAUCAACCGACGGGCUAUGCAGGUGGUGGACUCUGUUCCUCAAUAUAAAGCGAUUACUACUCACGCAAGUAAUGCACUCCGUGGAAUCCUUGCCAUUGAAACGGGCCGCUGGAUCACUUGCGAAACUCUCUAUGACAAGCUGUGCACAGCUCAAUGCGAACGUUGCGGCGAUUUCGGCGGCUAUCUUUACCUCCUUACUUGUAAGCGUGUCUGCUUCCUCUGUCUCUCUGAAGAUGGUUCCUAUCUUCCGCUUCGAUACAGCCAUGCGAUCAAAAAAUUUGGUAUCACUCCGCAGGCAGUCAAGACGCUGCCUCGCAUGAGGAGCAUUACAGGCAUAUACUCGCCAAACGAGAAAAAGAGUCACAGGCGGCUGUGCUUAGUCGACUUCGAGACCGCUUUCCAAGCAGGAAUUGAGCUUCAUGGGUCCCAAGAAGCUAUGGAACGGUGUAUAUCGAGUUCAGCUCAAGAGGGAGCCGGAUCAACAACCCAUUGGGGACGUCGAACACGGACCAAAGAACCUUUCGACGGCAAGUCUAGUAACGUGCUCCGGUUCCUGGCAAUCGUAUAUGCGCCGGCGCUAAAUCGAGUCACCUUGAAGUUGGAACGUGGUUUCUACUGUAUCGGCUGUCAGAGGUCAUACGGCUCCAGGCCGAAACAUUUCAGGCGCAGAUUUACGGAAGCAUCAUUUAAAGAGCAUUUGGAAGAAUGCGGUAAUAUUCAGGACGGCUAUCAUGUCGGAUGAUUCCUAGGUAACGGAACAUUACCGAGAGUAAGGCUCUCAAAUUGGGCAGAUGAUUUCACGUUGUAUAAAGAUCUAACAGUCGCGAAGGUCUCGUGUCCGGUGUACCAAUAGAAGAACUCAUCUAGUAUGGAAUGGUAUAAAAUUUAGACCAUUCAUGUCGAUAAUCCACGUAAUCCACUCCCUUUGCGCUUUACUAAGAACAAAUCAAUCCCUACGAGAAAGGUCCAUUUCUGCACAGACUUCAAUAGGAUGCUUUCGGGUUCUGUGUAUUUCAGAUGGCACCUCUUCCUACCAAUAUGCCUCCUCUACCAGAAGAUUCAUUCAGCUUCUCUUCGAGCGAUUUAAGCUCG